AUGGCACUGAAAUCACGCCACGACGCGGGAACCUCCUAUUACCGCUAUGACCCUUCGUUGGUUGUCGCAAUCGUUGCCGCUGUCCUCUACGGUAUUGCAUUUAUUCUCACAUUCAUACAAUGGAUAAGAUACAAAUCAUGGGUCUGGGUGGUGAUGGUAAUAGCAUCAGCAAUGGAGGCAAUUGGUUACAUUGGGAGAUGCAUUUCCUCACAACAUGUGACUGAGAAGCCUAUCUACGUUCUCCAGUUUUGUCUUAUUAUCCUAGCUCCGGUCUUGAUGGCCGCAUGUUGCUAUGUCAUAUUCAGUCGCAUCCUUUUCCUCGUUGUCCCUCAGGAAUCUCGCACAUUCCGCCUUUGCUGGGUACCACCUCAGUUUAUCACUCCUAUUUUCGUUGGAUUUGAUAUUGUGGCUCUUCUUCUCCAGCUGAGUGGAGCUGUCAUGAUCUCUUCCGUCAGUGAAGGCGAGGUAAAUGGAGCCGAAAAACUAAGUAAGGGCAAAGAGAUCGCCCAGGCUGGCGUCAUUAUUCAGCUUGCGGCUUUUGGGCUCUUUUCAGUCGCAGCUGUGCGCUUCAACUUUACGUCCAAGGCAUUCUCAAAACAACUUGACCAGCGAUAUGAAAGCGUUGGCGAGAAGGAAUACUCUAUUGGUGGAAUUGUCAAAAGGAAACAUUGGCCUGCCCUGCUGCGAGUUGUGAACUUCGCCACUCUUCUUAUCUUGGUUCGCUCCAUCUACCGUCUUGUGGAGUUCUCAGAAGGGACAUCCGGGUAUAUCAAUACGCACGAAUGGACGAUGUAUGUCUUUGAUACACUGGUCAUCUACCCUUGUGUUGCCCUGUUCAUUUACUGGCACCCUGGGAGAUAUUUGCCUUAUCUCGGAUUUCGUCUACCCAAGGACUCCCUUUGA